AGCUCAAAGCAUUACUUCCUCUGGAAAUCAUUCCUGAUCUGCCCAACUCUUGAGGGUCACAUAUGUCCCUACUGCCAUUUAAGGCUCGGGUUUUGUAUGAUUUUGCUGCCGAACCUGGAAAUAAUGAACUGACAGUCAGUGAAGGAGAAAUCAUCACAAUUACAAAUCCGGAUGUUGGUGGAGGAUGGCUGGAAGCAAAAAACAGCAAAGGAGAACGAGGUCUUGUUCCCACAGACUAUGUUGAAAUUUUGCCCAGUGAUGGGAAAGAUCCAUUUUCUUGUGGAAAUUCAGUGGCUGACCAAGCCUUCCUCGAUUCCCUCUCAGCAAGUACAGCUCAGGCUAACGCGUCAGCUGCCAACAGUAACAACCAGGUGAGCAGUGGCAGUGACCCCUGGUCAGCCUGGAGUGCCUCCAAAUCUGGAAACUGGGACAGCACGGAUGGCUGGGGAGCCAAGGCAGAGGGGACUGCAGCCCAGAAAAACACUGCCAAUAGCUGGGACACCCCCUUUGGACAUCCCCAGGCCUACCAAGGACCAGCAACUGGUGAUGAUGAUGACUGGGAUGAAGACUGGGACGACCCCAAGUCAACAUCUCCCUACUUCAAGGAUUCAGAGGCGGCUGAAGCAGGAGGUGGUCAGCGCGGAAACAUUCGCCCUGGCUCCUCGUCCAUGAAGCUGCCACUUAACAAAUUUCCGGGAUUUGCAAAACCUGGGAUGGAACAGUAUUUGUUGACUAAGCAACUAGCAAAACCCAAAGAGAAAAUUCCUAUCAUUGUUGGAGAUUAUGGCCCGAUGUGGGUUUAUCCUACCUCUACCUUUGACUGUGUGGUAGCAGAUCCCAAGAAAGGCUCCAAAAUGUAUGGGCUGAAGAGCUACAUUGAAUAUCAGCUAACGCCCACUAAUACUAAUCGAUCUGUAAACCACAGGUAUAAGCACUUUGACUGGUUAUAUGAACGUCUCCUGGUUAAGUUUGGGUCAGCCAUUCCAAUCCCUUCUCUUCCAGACAAGCAAGUCACAGGUCGCUUUGAAGAAGAAUUUAUCAAAAUGCGCAUGGAGAGACUGCAGGCAUGGAUGACCAGGAUGUGUCGGCAUCCGGUAAUUUCAGAAAGCGAGGUUUUCCAGCAGUUUCUAACUUUCCGGGAUGAAAAGGAAUGGAAAACUGGGAAGAGGAAGGCCGAGAAAGAUGAGCUGGUGGGAGUUAUGAUAUUUUCCACCAUGGAACCAGAGGCCCCUGACUUGGACCUCAUAGAAAUAGAACAGAAGUGCGAAGCUGUUGGUAAAUUCACCAAGGCCAUGGACGACGGCGUGAAGGAGCUGCUGACCGUGGGGCAGGAGCACUGGAAGCGAUGCACCGGACCACUACCCAAGGAAUAUCAGAAGAUAGGCAAGGCCCUGCAGAGCUUAGCAACCGUGUUCAGUUCCAGUGCUUACCAAGGUGAAACAGAUCUCAAUGAUGCAAUAACAGAAGCAGGAAAGACUUAUGAAGAAAUUGCCAGUCUCGUGGCAGAGCAGCCAAAGAAAGACCUCCAUUUCCUGAUGGAGUGUAAUCAUGAAUAUAAAGGUUUCCUGGGCUGCUUCCCGGACAUUAUCGGCGCUCACAAGGCAGCAAUAGAAAAAGUGAAAGAAAGUGAUAAACUGGUUGCAACGAGCAAAAUCACCCCCCAGGACAAACAGAACAUGGUGAAGCGCGUCGGCACCAUGUCUUACGCGCUACAAGCGGAGAUGAAUCACUUCCACAGUAACCGGAUCUAUGACUACAACAGCGUCAUCCGCCUGUACCUGGAGCAGCAGGUACAGUUCUAUGAAACGAUUGCAGAGAAGCUGAGGCAGGCCCUCGGCCGCUUCCCUGUGAUGUAGACGGAACAGAACAUGAAGAAACUCCCACGUGCUUCUCUCUGACCUGGGGCAGUGCAGUCUGAUCCCCCACCAUCCAGAAAUCAACACCAAGAGAAACAGUUGCAAAAAACUACACUUUCCUACUCACCUAAACGCAUCAGUUAUAUAGCCUUCUUUUGUUCAUUUCUACAGCCAUUAUUUAAACCAGUGGAAAUUAUCUCUAUUUUUGGAAAGUAUUUAAAAUUACCAGAAUUUUGAAUGGAAAAUUAGAGGUUUCCCCACUUAUAUUUUACAUAAAUUUGUAAUUUUUAAGCCCACAAUCUUCCAGUUCUUACCCAAGGCCAGAUGGUUACUAAUUGCUUUCUUAAAAAUAUGGAAUAUGCCAGAAUAAAAAAAAUACGUUUGUAUAUAUUUUUAUAAUUCUUUUCAAUGCCUUGGAACUCCUGUCCGUUUAGGAAAACCCACAUGCCUUUCACUGACACAUUUACGACUCAUGUGCUUGCGUUCUCAGAAAGGAGGCGGAGGGGCUGCGGGGCUGGGACGGGCGGUCCCUGCAGCGAUGCCGCCGCCCGCAGCCAGGAGGUUUUGGAGGGCAUCGCCAGGAGGAGGGCAUUCCCUCCUGCUAGUCCUUCCUCAGCAGGGCCAGCUCUACCCAGUACAGGGCACGUGGGGGACUGCUGACCCCUGAGCUGACUGCUCAGGAAGGAGCGAGCGCUCCUCCUGGUCGGGCGAGAAGACGCCAGCCUCUUGCCUGUGUCUAGUCUUCAGCUGCCCAGUCAGGCAGAAUGAGAAGUGAGAGCAGGACUGGCCACUUGAUUUGGGUGCAGACAGUGGGCCUGUUGGUGUUACCGGACAGAUGGAAACCAGUGACCUGGCUGCCCCUCCCCACCAAAUGGAAAAGCUUAGCAGCCGCGAAGGGUGGCAGCCGGAAUAACGUGCGCCAAUCCCUGGGGUUUCCUGGUCCUGGUACUUCAGUUAACGGCCUGAGCGCCCCGCACACUGUCUUCCUGCGGACGUCCCGCCUGCACUCUUGCCUUACUGACUCCGUGAUCACCACGGCUUUCGCUCUGCCCUGAUCGCGCUGUUACAGAAAAUGAACGUUGGGCCGCAUGAAUGAAGUGAAACCAAAAAAUAAGUAGAAGAGGAAAUCAGAUGGACGCGAAUGAGAACUUCUUGUUCUUCAGUGUCACGGGUUUUUGUUAAUGUUUUAUAAGUAAUUUCCCCUGAUUUUUCUUUUAUAAAAUCUCAUAGAACCGUGUUUAUGAUAUAGCCAUUUAAUAUAUGUACAAAUUGUAAAGAAUAUGUAUAAAUGUUUUACACAAAUGUAAGAGCAUGUAGAAGCAAACAUAUAAAUAAAUUGUUUAAAAAACCUGUACAGUAAAUUCUCAAACCAUUUUUCAAAGCA